AUGAGAAAGCUUUCUAUUUCAUUUUCCAAGGUGCCCACCAUCAGGCAAUGGGCCAAGGUUUGUGUUUCUGUAUUUGGAUAUCUCAUGAGUGACAGAAGUAAUGAAAACAAUCAUAUGGUCUCACUGGCUGCAAACCUGGACCUCGACAUGAAGUUUUCUGAUGCGUGAGUUUUUUACUCCUUUUUAUUUUGCAGAGAAUAAUAACCCAGGAAUGUUCCCGUUUACAUUUAGGUUCAAUUCCUGCAAUACAACUGUUGGCUGAUUAUAGACCACUUUCAUAAUACAGAUGGGUUUAAAUAUUCUUUUAUGUAUGUAUUAAUAAACCUUCUUGUCCUUGUUUCAGGUUCAAAAAUUCUAUUUACUUUCAGUCACAAAAACGAAGAAUAAUAUUUAAACCCAUCUGUAUUAAAUGGUCUACAUUUCAUCUCGGUUACAUGUGAGAGGAGUUCUUGCGGAUUGAUUCUCUUGAACACCGCAAUUAUUUUUUCCCUGUAACUUUCCCUUUAGGCGUUGCCGUAAAGUUCUUCCAGUUGCCAGCAGUGCAUAUCUCGAUAAUCUGCCGUCUCAUUAUCCGGAAAGCGUGCAUAUUAAUCAGGUAUAGUCAAACCUCAGCUGACCAUGUUGCAGACACAAACCGACACUUGUUGCAAUAGCUUAUCUAUUAAACUUCUUUCAAGAUUUGUGAUGUUCACCUAUAGUUGUUUUAUUUUAGUUGAACCAAGCCCUUCGCGUGUUCGCGAUGAAUGCCCGAGGUCCUGCAUAUGAGAAAUACGUCCUGCAGCUGCAAGAUGAUUGUAAUAAGGUCAGCAGCGUUUUGAUUAUAUUUGUCAAGCUUGUUGUAAAUGAGGAUUGGAUAUCUGCAUGACCUUGAAUGUAUAUAUAUAUAGUAUUUCUAAAUGGCUAAAUGAGUUAUGUGCUGGUACAUUAAAACGGACAUUCUUUCCUUCUUUCGUUAUUUCUUGUACCAUCUAUUUUUCUUGUUCCUCAGAUGUGGAUAAAUGGCAGACAGUUAUGUGAAGUGCGCAGCCUUAAAGGGCGACAUUGUAUCUAUCCGGUAAGCGCUUAUAUUUUUCAUUAGAUAAGUAUACAAUUUUAUGACGUUGUUACUUUUAACAAAUUGGUACAAGUAAUGUUCUAGGUUAUUAAUUUCGGGUAACAUCUUCAAUUAUUAUUCACCAUAAAGCCCCGUUUACACUACGCUCGAUUUUUGGUACCGUACCACUUUUUUGGCUCUUGGACUAGCUAUUUAGGUAGUCCAAGAACCAAAAAAGUGGUACGGGUACCAAUUUUAUCCGUGCCGUACCAAAAAUUGGGCGUAGUGUAAACGGGGCUUAAAACAACCUUCUUUUCAUUACUAAAAUAUCUUUACUCUGUUUUUUUAAAUUAUAGUUUCAUACAGUUCCAGGACAGCAGAUUGCGGACAGUCUUCCGAUAGACAAGAGCACUAUAUCAUGUAAACCUCACUCGAGCCGUAUCACCAGCACCUGUGCAUGUAACUGCGGACGAACACAAGCACAACGCGAAGACCCGUUUGAUUUAAAGGUGCUGAUUGUCUAAGUUUUCUUAAUAAUCGACAUUUCUUUCUUGUCUUUGCUCUUUCAACGUACUUAUAUUUAUAACAGACACUCGCGAACGAUAUGUAUUUAUAAAUAUAAGUACGUUGAAAGAGUAAAGACAAAGAAAUGUCGAUUAUUAAGAAAUUUUGUUCGAACUCUUUCCUGGCUUCGAUGAAUGAACUUUCAAGACGAUGAUUGUCUAAGGCGUUGCUGAUUUCCUUUUAUUUUCUGUUUUCUUCUAAAGAAGUGAAAGUGCUGGCGACACAGCGAUUAGUGCAUAUUUCUUUCUUCUGUGUGCCUUUGUGCCUCAAUUUCUUGCAUUAUACAGUUGUCUGAUUAUAAUUUUACCUCAGUUGUAUGUGAGAAGAGUGCUUCCAGUAACUUGAAUCUCCCAGACACUCUUCCAGUAACUUGAAUCACCCAGACACUCUUCCAGUUUGAAUCUCCCAGACACUCUUCCAGUAACUUGAAUCACCCAGACACUCUUCCAGUUUGAAUCUCCCAGACACUCUUUCAGUAACUUGAAUCUCCCAGAAACUCUUCCAGUAACUUGAAUCUCCCAGACACUCUUCCAGUAACUUGAAUCUCCCAGACACUCUUCCAGUUUGAAUCUCCCAGACACUCUUCCAGUAACUUGAAUCUCCCAGACACUCUUCCAGUUUGAAUCUCCCAGACACUCUUCCACAAGAAUCUCCCAGACACUCCUCCAGUAACUUGAAUCUCCCAGACACUCUUCCAGUUUGAAUCUCCCAGACACUCUUCCACAAGAAUCUCCCAGACACUCUUCCAGUAACUUGAUCACCCAGACACUCUUCCAGUAACUUGAAUCUCCCAGACACUCUUCCAGUUUGAAUCUCCCAGACACUCUUCCACAAGAAUCUCCCAGACACUCCUCCAGUAACUUGAAUCUCCCAGACACUCUUCCAGUUUGAAUCUCCCAGACACUCUUCCAGUUUGAAUCUCCCAGACACUCUUCCAGUAACUUGAAUCUCCCAGACACUCUUCCAGUAACUUAAAUCUUCCAGACACUCUUCCAGUUUGAAUCUUCCAGACACUGCCUGCUUAUAUAAACUCCAAUCUCUUUUAAUAAGGAACAGCCUUACUGGACAUGUAGGAACAGUCUAGAACUGAUAGAGCUAUCCGGUAUACAUAAAUUCGGUUUAGUUUAAUUGUGAUCACUUAUUUACUAUAAACUCAAAAUUUUUCUUCCAUAGGCAGCAAAUUAUGAUUUCUAUCAAACUAUGGAAGAAAAAUGCUGCUCAACGUUGGUUCAUCUCUCCUUUCCCUGCUAUCCAUUUACUCUUCACGAGAAAACAGCUUCAACUGAUGCAAAUGAUGUCCUUCCAGUACCCCCCGUACCUGUCCCGGAAACCGAGAUAGAAUCCGUACAGGGGGAAGCAAGUUUUCCCACAGCGCCAGUUCGACUAAACAAGGAUGCGAAAGAGUUUGUAUCGAAUCUCGUUAAAACAACAACUCCCACUAAUGUCACAGACAUCGCUAGUGUUACGAAUCCCGAGAGUUCCACGACCCCUGCGAGUAUCACGACUCCUGCGAGUAUCACAGAUCCCGCGAGUGUCCCAAAUGCCUCCAAUCCCGCGAGUGUCGCAAAUUCCUCCAAUCCCGCGAAUGUCCCAAAUGCCUCCAAUCCCGCGAGUGUCCCGAAUCCCGCUAGUUCACUGCUAAGUGAAGGAUUCCACUCCAUGUCCGAAUUGGAGUCAAACUAUCAGAAAAGUGCCACGUCUUUUGUUUUCCAUGGCAACAGCUCUGCCGGGGAGACUGAACAUUUGAGUGGUGACACGUAUCAGGGGGAAGAGGACGAAAUAAGACAAAGCUCUGCCAAGAAGACCGCUGAUUACUUGGAGUGCAUGCUCAGUAGUGAACCCACUGGUGGUCGACUACCUUUAUUCUGUAGCUGGUCCCUCUGUCGCCUUGGAAACGCGAACACGUAUCAAGUCUCGAAGGGAUUAGAUCAGAAGGGAUUUUUUCCCGGUAGUAACUUUCUCCUGCCGUGGGAUAUACCAUUACUGAACGAAAACCAGGCUGGUUUGAGUAGCUAUAUUGACGGACAUGUCAAACACCCGGGGGUUAAAACUGCCGGUGUUGAAGCGUGGCCUGCACCGAAUGAGCUGCCAAACGCUAACAGUAAUACAGCGCUACCUCUUUACCAGACUCUUGUCUAUGCUUCGCGCCAAUGUACUGAUUAUAAAGUCAAUCCGCUGCCCAUCUGUGCUGCCCCAACUGGGGGCUCAAAAGGAAAUGCUGCUAGAAACCAGCGAAGACAAUAUCCGACCGUGAGAACAUAUAUUGGGAAUGAGUACGAGUGCGCUCGUGGCCAUAGGUAUGUAAAAAAAUCAUUUAACAUAUCCGGCAGCUUCGGCUGUGAAAAACAAGUUGAUAAAGAUGAGGUUUUUUACUCAGUAGAUAAGUUGUAAUUGGUCUUAGAACGACCCAAAUAUUACACAUACCAAAAUACUAUUUAGGGUUGGCUGUGAUUUUUGAGACUUUAAUAUUAAAACUCACCAAAAGUGCUGCCAUUGUCUUCCUUGCCUGAGAUUAAACGUUUAGCGACUUCGCAUAUUGUUAUUGUAUGAAAAGUUUUAAUUUCAUCGCAUGUAAUGUUUUCACAACACCAUAAUUUAAUUUCUACUUGUUUUUCUGCUUUCCAGGUUCAUCUGUUCGGCAGAUGAUAAGAUGGUAAAAGCGAAUAAUUCUGGUGUGGUUAAAGAAACUGCCGUUCGUUUGGUCGACUCCGACAUGCCUUUGUACUUCCCUUGUCCCUGUCGUACGAGUAAACCCUUUCUCGCUCAGCUGACCCGAUUGUUCGUCGUCACUCCCGAGUCACCUAUAUUGAUCACCCUUAACCCGCGUGUCCAACCGGCACCUGUACCUUGUCCCGUCUUUUAUCCGGGCAUCAAAUCAGGCAUUACCCUCCCGCCCGCGAGUCUGUGCGUUUUGCGUUUGCCUUUCGUGUAUGUCGGACUGGAAGGCCCCAUUUCGCAUCCGGCAGAAAAUCAGCCGUUGAUGAAUUCGCGUCUGCUACGGGGGACAUAUGGCGUAAUGGCGACCGAGCGACUGUUUGAGGAUAAAGAAGCCUGGAGUUGAGAAGACACUUCGCGUAGAGACAUGCUUGGACCGCCAUGUUUUUUCACCUUCGCCCUGCACCCUUACCUCAACAUCACUCUCUUCCCAUUAGGUUUUGAACAGGAGGAUGAAAAGACCGACAAACUACCAUAUUUACUCGUUUAGUGUUUCGGCGCUUGUUUGGGGGCGGCGCUAUUUAAAAAUAGUUUUAUUUACAUCUUGCGUUUUUGGAAUGGAACAGUGUUUUUCAAAACUCUGGUGAGAAAAUUAAAUGAGAGAGUAUUGAAUCGUUGCUCGCAUUUCUCUCGUGCCCGCUAAUACUAAAAUAUACUUAAACUUUGAACUUAUAUAAAGACUGUAAUACAAGAGCUAAAAUCUUGGACAUAACCCUUGAGACCAUUCCAGCCAAUAUUGCAAAGUUAAUGCACAUUGACAAAACAAACUUCGUCACGCCCUCUCGCCCGGUUCCAUGUUGUAAAGAACGCCGAAACAAUUUUAGGUGUAAUUUACCAUGACACAAGCUCAACAUUGAGUUGGGGGAACGGGGGCUUAAGGAGCGGACCAUCAUUUAACAUGGAAUUUAUCAUAAGGGGUAUGUGAAUUUUGUGUAGAGGGAAAGGCAGUUUCAACCAGUUAUAGGCUAUGUCCAAAAUUGUAGACUGAAGAUUGAGAUGUACAGUACUUGUUCUCGAACAAUCCCAUGUGAUGGUGCUUCGAUUAAGUGCUGCGUUGUUUGCAGCGCUUGUUUGAGGGGGACUGUCUUUAAUGUUUAUGUCACAUCCGGUGCUUAAUCGAGGGCCGCGCGUAAACGGAGACGGCGCUUAAACGAGUAAAUACAGUAAUCCAUUGAAACUAACUAGUGAUUGUUGAGAAAAAUGUUGAGUUUUACCUAAUGAACAUAUUUACUCUUAUACUGCUAAAAAAGUUGAACACUCAUGUUUUAAUUAUUUAAUUAAAGCAAAUUUCGUCUUUCAAAAUUGCUGUAAUAUAUGGUGCAGACAAUAAUUCAAAGCAUUUUUAUACUGCACUUCAAUAUAAAUCAGGCGUCUUUUCCAGAAAAAAGAACUUGCAUACAUUGAAUAUUCUAUAUGCAUGCCUACUUAGUUACCUAGUUACGUUUAUGUCAUCGUGCAGUAUACGCGUUGAACGCUAUAUAUAGGUCUGAUAUCUGAAAGCUCUUUAAUUUAAUAAAAAUAAUUCGGUCAGAGAACGUCUCAAUCUCAAUGAAUCUGUCAAAGAGGUUUACAUCGCACA